AAGAAUUUCCUGCCCAGUCCAACAAAAGAGCAAAUUGCCUUUCACAGCCCCAAGGGUUUGCAAUGCAUCUUGCCCUUAAUGCAGACGGUAGAGGAGACCCCUCAGCCCAUCCCAGCGAAGAUCAAAGGACGUAUUCCCAAAUGGAUUAAUGGCAAUCUUCUGAGGAAUGGUCCUGGGAAGUUUGAGUUUGGCGAGGAGAAAUUUAACCAUUGGUUUGAUGGCAUGGCCCUGUUGCAUCAAUUCCAGCUGGAGAAUGGCACAGUGACAUACCGGAGCAAGUUUCUGCAGAGCAGUUCUUACCUGACUAACAGCCAGCACAACCGCAUCGUGGUCUCAGAAUUUGGGACGCUGGCAAUGCCAGACCCAUGCAAGAGUGUCUUUGGGCGCUUCAUGUCACGCUUUGAGAUACCACAACCAAGUGACAAUGCCAGUGUGAACUACGUUGUGUAUAAAGGAGACUAUUAUGUCAGCAAUGAGAACAUCUUCAUGUACAAAGUGGACCCAGAAACGCUUGAAACGAAGGAAAAGGUAGACUGGAGCAAAUUUGUUGCGGUGAAUGGGGCCACUGCUCAUCCUCACUAUGAGUCUGAUGGGACGACGUACAACAUGGGCAAUUCCUAUGGGAAACAUGGGUCUAGGUAUAAUAUCAUUCAGGUCCCUCCACAAAAGUCAAACUGUAGUGACACGUUAGAGGGAGCGAAAGUGCUGUGUUCAAUUGCUCCAAUGGAUAAGAUGAAACCCUCCUACUAUCACAGCUUUGGAAUGAGUGAAAACUACAUCAUUUUCAUUGAGCAACCCAUCAAGCUGAAUCUGUUGCAGAUUAUCACUUCCAAACUCCGUGGGAAAGCCAUUUUUGAAGGGAUAAGCUGGGAGCCUCAGUACAAUACUUGCUUCCAUGUGGUGAAUAAGCAUACUGGGGAGGUGCUGCCAGGGCAGUGGUACAGUAAGCCCUUUGCUACUUUCCAUCAAAUCAAUGCCUUUGAAGAUCAUGGCUGUGUGGUCCUUGAUCUGUGCUGCCAGGAUGAUGGAACAACUCUGGCUACUUACAAACUUCAGAAUCUGCGGAGGAGUGGGGAAGGUCUAGAUCAGAUUUAUGACUCAAUAUCCCGAGCUUUCCCUCGACGCUUUGUUCUCCCACUGAAUGUGAAUUCAGACACACCUGUGGGGAAGAAUCUGAACCCACUGUCUUACACACUGGCAAGGGCUGUGAAAGAUGCAGAUGGCAAGGUCUGGUGCACACAUGAAAAUCUCCACCCUGAGGGCUUUGAAAAGGUUGGGGGCUUGGAGUUCCCCCAGAUCAACUACUCUCGGUACAAUGGUAGGAGGUACCGUUACUUCUAUGGAUGUGGUUUUCGGCAUUUGGUUGGAGAUUCCUUGAUCAAGGUUGAUGUGGACACCAAGAAUUUCAAGAUUUGGCAGGAGGAUGGAUCCUACCCAUCAGAGCCUGUGUUUGUGCCAGUGCCUAAUGCCACGGCAGAAGACAGUGGAGUCAUCUUGUCUGUUGUGGUCUCCCCCACUGAGAACCAAAGUGCUUUCCUGCUUGUCUUGGAUGCAGAGACCUUCAGAGAAUUGGGGCGAGCAGAAGUCGCAGUGCAAAUGCCGUAUGGAUUCCAUGGCAUCUUUACUUCCCACUGACUGAAGAUCUUGUCACCUCCUGUAACUCAGGGCCAGGUCAGGCUCAGAAAGAAACCUCUGCUUUCUUUUACCACCCACCUUUGCUUUAUGUCCUGGAUGAAGGAACUGCUGUUUCUCUAUCAUAACCUCUGAGUUACUGCUGUAUUCCUAACAAUAUACAGCAAAAGGUCUGAGGAAGGCAGAAGACCUUUCACUCAAACAACUCAAACUUUAUCUUCAUUUUCUGACUAUCUUGAUAGACCAGUUAGCUGCAGUUCACAAAGGCUGCCACGCGUAAAGCUUGCAAGGGAGAAAAUGGAAACUAAGAUGACCAUUACCUUCCCUUGGUAGCAAUGCGCUCUGAAGGGAAGAGAGUAUCGGUGCUUAGGGCAGUGACUUUGGCUGAAAUGUGUAAAGCAGAAGAAAGGAGUAAAACCAACUAGUCAUAUGUAGGCUCAAUGAAGAUAUGUAAUUUCACCCCCAUUGCAUAAAGAUUGCCUUCAGUGAACCCCAGAAAGUAGAUGCAAACGCUCACAGAACCUGUACUUGUAGUGCUUUUCUCUGUACACUAACGGUGCCCUCAAAUAAAACCUUGUGAAGUUUC